AUGGAAGGCUACCAUCCAGAUCUUAGUUGGGUAUAUGAUAGACUUUAUGUUCAACGAGGGGGGUUGAAACCAGCCUUCGCAAAAGGUGUUGAAGAGUUUAUAACGAAGGCAAUAAGUCGAAAUCAAUUUGUAAAAGAUAGUGGCAUCAGAUGUCCUUGUCACAAUUGCAUGUGUAGCGGUAUAUUGUCUGCAAGUGAAGUCAAACUUCACUUGUAUAGGUUUGGGUUCCAACCAAAUUAUUGGUAUUGGACUGAGCAUGGCGAAGAAGCCCCACAUAUUGACCUAGAAAAUAUUCCAAGUAGUAGUGGAAAUAUUGAUAACGAUGAUCCGUUUACAUUAAUGCAACAUAUGGUCGAUGAUGCAUUUGGUCCUACGUAUGACUUCCAAAAUAUGGGUGGUGAAGGCAACGAGGAAGAGAAUAAUGAAGAGCCCCCAAAUGAUGAUGCUCAAGACUUUUAUGAUUUGUUAACUGCUGCAAACAAACCCUUAUAUGAGGGGGCUUCUGAUUCAAAACUUUCAAUAUGCGUGAAACUUUUAGCUUGCAAAUCAAAUUGGAAUGUCCCACAGAAAUGUCUUGAUUUCUUUGCAAGCAUGCUUGUAGAUGUGUGUCCUUUUAAGGAUUCACUUCCAAAAAAAAUUUACCAAGCGAAAAAAUUGGUGACAAUGCUAGGAUUGAAGUCCGAGAAAAUUGAUUGUUGUGUUAAAGGGUGCAUGUUUUACUACAAAGACAAUAGUGCAAAUAUAGAGUGUAGGUUUUGCCAUGAACCUCGAUAUGUUCCUCGUAAGCCUGAGAUAGGUAACCAUAAAGACAUUCCAGUUAAGAGGAUGUUAUAUAUGUCGAUUACUCCAAAGUUAAAAAGAUUGUAUGCAUCAACAGAAAUUGUUGCCCAAAUGAGAUGGCAUCAACAUAAUAGAUCGAGUUCAUGCAGUUUACGUCAUCCAUCCGAUGGGGAAGCUUGGAACCAUUUUGAUGCAAAGUAA